GGUGAUGAUGGAUUUCGGUGACUUUCGUUCUUCUGAGUUCGCUGAAGCCACACGCAAAAAUCUGAGGAGGAGGAGGAAGAGGAGGAGGAAGAUGGCUGCUGGGGGGCUGCGCUUUGCCGGGGGCUGCAGCCCGCAGGGGCUGCACUUGAGGCUGCAUUUUCCCUGCACCGUUUUGUCCUUCGUUGCCUCUCCCAGCAAAGCAUCCUCUUGGCAGGGGUGGGAGGAAACGUGCAGCUGUGCCCAGGGUCAUCCUGAGGGCACUGCGGUAACUCUGCCCUCGGCAGGGGAGAACACGGUGCGCACCAUCGCCAUGGACGGCACGGAAGGGCUGGUGAGGGGACAGAAGGUGUUGGACUCCGGCGCUCCCAUCCGCAUCCCCGUGGGCCCCGAGACCUUGGGAAGGAUCAUGAAUGUCAUCGGGGAACCCAUCGAUGAGAGGGGCCCCAUCACAACGAAACAGUUUGCUGCUAUCCACGCCGAAGCCCCUGAGUUUGUGGAGAUGAGCGUCGAGCAGGAGAUCCUGGUGACGGGCAUCAAGGUGGUGGACCUGCUGGCCCCCUAUGCCAAGGGUGGCAAGAUUGGUUUGUUUGGAGGCGCUGGCGUCGGCAAGACGGUGCUGAUCAUGGAGCUGAUCAACAACGUGGCCAAAGCUCACGGCGGUUAUUCGGUGUUCGCCGGUGUGGGGGAGCGAACCCGCGAGGGCAACGAUUUGUACCAUGAGAUGAUUGAGUCCGGGGUCAUCAACCUGAAAGAUGCCACCUCCAAGGUCGCUCUGGUUUAUGGACAGAUGAAUGAACCCCCAGGUGCCCGUGCCAGGGUGGCUCUGACUGGGUUGACGGUGGCAGAGUACUUUAGGGACCAGGAAGGCCAGGACGUGCUGCUCUUCAUCGACAACAUUUUCCGCUUCACCCAGGCUGGCUCAGAGGUGUCAGCCUUGCUGGGCAGAAUCCCCUCCGCCGUGGGCUACCAGCCCACGUUGGCCACUGACAUGGGCACCAUGCAGGAGCGGAUCACCACCACACGCAAAGGCUCCAUCACUUCAGUGCAGGCCAUCUACGUGCCAGCAGAUGACCUGACAGACCCCGCCCCUGCCACCACCUUCGCCCACUUGGAUGCCACCACGGUGCUGUCCCGUGCCAUCGCCGAGCUGGGCAUCUACCCUGCUGUGGACCCGCUGGAUUCCACCUCCCGAAUCAUGGACCCCAACAUCGUGGGGCCCGAGCACUACGACGUGGCCCGGGGUGUGCAGAAGAUCCUUCAGGACUACAAGUCCCUGCAGGACAUCAUCGCCAUCCUGGGCAUGGAUGAGCUGUCUGAGGAGGACAAGCUGACCGUGGCCCGGGCCCGCAAGAUCCAGCGCUUUUUGUCCCAGCCCUUCCAGGUGGCUGAGGUCUUCACCGGCCACAUGGGCAAGCUGGUGCCCCUGAAGGAGACCAUCAAGGGCUUCAAGCAGAUCCUGGCAGGUGAAUACGACCACCUCCCGGAGCAGGCCUUCUACAUGGUGGGGCCCAUCGAGGAGGCAGUGGCCAAGGCAGAGAAGCUGGCUGAGGAACACGCGUGAGCAGGGCCGCCUUCGCCCCUCCCGGCUCCGUGUGGGGCCAGACCCCAAGUAUUUAAGGUUUCCAAUAAAAUGUUGGUGAAAACA